CAGCCCGAGGGGAGGGAGCCUUUCAUAAUGGCCUGUGUAAACUGAUGCUCGUGCAGUCAAGAGUUGGAAGUGCUGCUUCUACAACUUAAAGCAGAGGACAAACAGCAACCAAAUAAAGCAGCCGCAGAAGCAAUUGGACGGGUUUUUUUUUUUAAUUGAAAAAAAAAUGUCUCUCUUACUGAAGGUUUUGAAAACCAAUUGUAAACAGGCUCUUGAACCUGAGAGAAGGGGUUGCUUUUAUCGUGUGGUUUUUGUCUGCAGGUUUCAACAGCUGCCCAAAAUUUCUAGCAGCCCCGCUCUGGAGGUGCAAAAUAAUCCAGCGGCAAAAGCAGCGGCAGAGGACAAAGAGGAGGAGAUGGCAGUGGCGGAGGGGGCAAGAGGGCUGUUGAAGCCUGCCCAGCACCAUCCCCAUCACCACAGGGUGAGGAGCCUGCAAGAAAUGCCUGGACCCAACCUCUUCUGCAACCUGUACGAGUUCUUCUGGAAAGACGGCUUCAGCCGCGUUCAUGAAAUCCAGCAAAAGCAUACUCAGGAAUAUGGAAAGAUCUUCAAGUCUCGCUUUGGUUUCCAGUUUGUAGUAUCCAUUGCAGACAGAGACAUGAUUGCUCAGGUUCUCCGGGCAGAAGGUGGAGCUCCACAAAGAGCUAAUAUGGAAUCCUGGCAGGAGUACAGAGACUUACGCGGAAGAGCCACUGGACUCAUUUCUGCGGAGGGGGAUCAGUGGCUAAAAAUGAGGAAGGUACUAAGACAGAAAAUCCUGAAACCCGAAGAUGUAUCUGUUUUCUCUGGACCAGUCAAUGAAGUUAUUACUGAUUUAAUUAAGAGAAUCCACACACUCAGGAGACAAGAGGAAGAUGGGGAAACUGUGACCGAUGUAAACAACCUCUUCUUCAAGUAUUCUAUGGAAGGUGUGGCAGCUAUUCUGUAUGAAUGCCGAUUAGGGUGCUUGGAAAACAGUGUCCCAGAGAAGACUGUAGAAUACAUUGAGGCUUUGGCGUUGAUGUUUAGCGUGUUUAAGACCGCUAUGUAUUCAGGGAUUAUUCCCAAAUGGCUUCGUCCACUUAUUCCAAAACCCUGGAAUGUUUUCUGCAGAUCCUGGGAUGGACUCUUCAAAUUCAGUCAAAUCCAUGUUGAUAACAAGUUAAAGGAUAUUCAAUCCCGGCUAGAGCGAGGAGAAGAAGUAAAAGGUGGGCUGCUCACAUAUCUCCUAUUAAAUAAAGAGCUUAACUUGGAAGAAAUCUAUGCCAAUAUGACCGAAAUGCUUCUGGCAGGAGUGGACACAACUUCUUUUACUUUGUCCUGGAUAACAUUCUUGUUGGCAAAGCAUCCUGAAGUUCAGCAAUCUGUGUAUGAAGAAAUAGUUAAUAAGUUGGGCAAAGACCGUGUUCCCACUGCAGAUGAUGUCCCUAAAUUGCCAAUGAUAAGAGCUGUGCUUAAAGAAACUCUGAGGUUAUUCCCAGUAUUACCAGGCAAUGGUAGGGUGACUCAAGAAGAUCUCAUUGUUGGAGGAUACUUGAUACCUAAAGGGACCCAGCUGGCACUUUGUCAUUAUGCUACAUCUUACGAUGAAGAGAAUUUCCCAAUGGCAAAUGAGUUCCAACCUGAGCGCUGGCUGAGGAAAGACCAUAUGGACAGAGUAGACAACUUUGGUUCCAUCCCAUUUGGUUAUGGCAUUCGCAGCUGUAUAGGAAAAAGAAUUGCAGAACUGGAAAUUCACCUUGUACUGAUUCAGUUGCUUCAAAAUUUUGAGAUCAAAAUUUCUUCCAAAACAAAACCAGUUCGUGCUAAAACCCAUGGACUUUUGACUCCUGGAAAUUCCAUCAAUGUGAAAUUUGCUAACAGGAAGUAAGAAUCUAAAGUUUAGUAAAUUUUGGUAUCCUUUUCUGAGAUAUAGACUUGCAUAGGAUGAAAUAUGAUGAUCAUUCUCUUGUUCACUGGUUUGUGGAUACCCUGUAAAAUGAGCAGGCCUUAUGUUCUGACUUAGUUGAAGCAAUAUGCAAGAGAAGUUAACUCUCUCAUAGUAGAUAAUUAUGAAAUUUCAUGUGGAAUCUAUAGAAACAUAAACUGAAACAUUUCCUUUUUGCACUGGAAGUCAUUUUUCUCUGGAGCGAUUUCUGGUGGUGGCAAUGGGUGCACGGAAACAAUAGUACAAAAUUCAGAUAUUGCAUACUGUCCUAUGCUUUUUCUAGAGUGUUUAAACAUGAGACAAAUAUUUCAUGUGCUUUUGAGAGACUCUGUGAUAGCAAUGUACUGCAUUCAAACUUAAGUCCAUACGUGGAUAUUUUCUGGGGUUUUGAUCCUCCCUAGAAGUGUCAUUUUUAGAAUUCUCCACACAGCAGUGGGGUCAUCAGUAAAG